UAGAGGAGAGAGAAAACGCACCUAACUCAUCAAUCCAGAUAUGCUUAAAAGCGCAAAACAGAUUUUACUCAUUUAGUCAUUUUAGUGAGAGAAAGUUAGACAGAGAAAGUUAGACACACAUGUGUGUAUAAAUAUAUAGUGUAUAUGUGUGUGUAUAGAGAGAGAGAAAGUAGGAAACACUCAAUUGGACGUGUGUUGUGGUGCUUGCAGAAAGAGUGAGGAAGUUGCUGCUGUUCCGAACAAAGUUACAAACCCUAAUUUCGAAGUUUUGCGUCUCCGUGAAAUACUGUAAACAAAAAGUGUUUUGCCUUGAAAUUUGGGAGCAAUUGUGAUAAGCUGCACCAAUGAUAUUCAACUGAAGAUACAGAUCUCACAAAUUGUCGAUUACGGGGUGUUGUUUUUUGGAACUGAUUUAUUAUUUACAAGUUGUGCCGGUUAUAACUAACAUUAGCGCUGGAGUGGUUGGGGGUACCCGCAGCGGGAGCCAUGUCAUCCUUAAGUCGGGAAUUAGUUUUCCUAAUCCUGCAAUUCUUGGAUGAAGAAAAAUUCAAGGGUACUGUCCACAAGUUGGAACAAGAAUCAGCUUUUUACUUCAAUAUGAAAUAUUUUGAGGAACAAGUUCAAGCUGGUGAAUGGGAUGAAGUUGAGAAGUAUCUACGUGGGUUCACAAAGGUUGAAGACAAUCGUUACUCGAUGAAGAUAUUCUUUGAAUUAAGGAAACAAAAGUACCUGGAAGCUCUUGAUAGGAACGACAGAGCAAAAGCUGUUGAAAUUCUUGUGAAGGAUUUGAAGGUCUUUUCUACUUUUAAUGAAGAGCUCUUCAAGGAGAUCACCCAGCUACUAACACUUGACAAUUUUAGGAUGAAUGAGCAGCUUUCAAAGUAUGGGGAUACCAAAUCAGCACGAAGCAUUAUGCUGGUUGAGCUGAAAAAGCUAAUAGAAGCAAACCCAUUGUUUAGAGAGAAGCUUGCUUUUCCUGCAUUUAAAGCUUCACGGUUGCGAACAUUGAUCAAUCAAAGUCUUAAUUGGCAGCAUCAACUAUGCAAAAAUCCACGUCCAAAUCCGGAUAUUAAAACUCUGUUUAUUGAUCAUACUUGUGCUACUAAUAACGGAGGUCGAGGUCCUCCCCCUACCAACAGCUCCCUUGCGGGACCCAUUCCUAAAGCGGGGAUAUUUCCUCCUAUUGGAGCUCAUGGCCCAUUCCAACCUGUUAUCUCUCCUUCUGCUGGUGCAAUUUCUGGGUGGAUGGCACCUGCUAAUCCUUCCAUGCCUCAUGGUGCCGUUGCAGCUGGACCUCCUGGCCUUGUGCAGCCUCCUCCAAUUGCAGCUGCAUUCUUGAAGCAUCCGCGGACACCUCCAGGUGGUCCUGGGUUGGAAUAUCAAAUGGCUGAUUCGGAGCAAUUGAUGAAACGUGCACGUAUUGGUCCACCCGAUGAGGUGUCAUUUUCUGGUUCGUCUCAUCCUCCCAAUGUAUAUUCACCGGAUGAUCUUCCUAAAACUGUGGUUCGGACUCUUAACCAGGGUUCCAAUGUUAUAAGCAUGGACUUCCAUCCUCAACAACAAACUAUUCUCUUAGUUGGAACAAAUGUUGGUGAAAUAAGCAUUUGGGAGGUCGGAUCUCGAGAAAGGAUGGUACAUAAGCCCUUCAAGGUUUGGGAUAUAUCUGCUUGCUCAAUGCCUUUUCAGACAACUUUGGUAAAAGAUGCAGCGGUAUCUGUUAAUAGGUGCAUAUGGGCACCAGAUGGAUCAAUACUUGGUGUUGCCUUCUCGAAGCACAUUGUUCAAAUAUAUACAUACAACCCGCCAGGGGAGUUAAGGCAUCACUUGGAAAUAGAUGCUCAUGCUGGUGGUGUAAAUGAUAUAGCUUUUGCUCAUCCUAAUAAGCAAUUGUGUAUUGUUACGUGUGGGGAUGACAAGAUAAUUAAGGUAUGGGAUGCUGUAGCUGGACGCAGACUACAUACGUUUGAGGGUCAUGAGGCUCCUGUAUAUUCUGUCUGCCCUCAUUAUAAAGAACAAAUACAGUUUAUUUUCUCAACAGCAAUUGAUGGGAAAAUCAAAGCAUGGCUCUAUGACGGUUUGGGGUCAAGAGUGGAUUAUGAUGCCCCUGGCCUUUGGUGCACAACAAUGGCAUAUAGUGCUGAUGGAACCAGAUUGUUUUCUUGCGGAACAAGCAAAGAAGGCGAAGCCCACUUGGUCGAGUGGAACGAGAGUGAAGGAGCCAUCAAGAGGGAGUAUUCUGGUUUCAGAAAGCGAUCUAUGGGGGUUGUGCAGUUUGACACAACUAAAAAUCGUUUCUUAGCUGCUGGAGAUGAAUUUCAGAUCAAGUUUUGGGACAUGGAUAAUAUCAAUAUGCUGACCGUUACGGAUGCAGAUGAUGGAUUGCCUGCAAGGCCUAAAUUAAGAUUUAACAAAGAAGGGUCGUUACUGGCAGUCACAACAAGUGACAACGGAAUUAAAAUAUUGGCAAAUGGUGAUGGGCAGCGCAUGCUACGGAUGCUGGAGAGUCGAGUGUAUGAGGGAUCUCGAGCAUUUUCCGAUACAGUUAAACCGUCAAUCCCUGGCCCGUUAGGUCCUAUCCAUAACCUUGCUUCUUCUAUGGCAUCUGCUGUAGAACGUGAUAGAAUGCAGACUCCUUUAUCCAUCAACAGUCUUGCUAAUGCAGAAAGCAGUAAGGUUGUGGAUAUUAAACCUAGAAUUGUGGAUGGCCCUGACAAGACCAAAAGCUGGAAGCUUCCUGAAAUAGUUGAUUCAACUCACCUUAAAGCUCUAAGGCUGCCUGAUCCAAUGCCUGCCAGCAAGGUUAUGCGGCUUAUUUAUACAAAUUCUGGGUUAGCUUUACUUGCACUUGCUUCGAGUGCGAUCCAUAAACUAUGGAAAUGGCAACGAAAUGAACGCAAUCCAUUUGGGAAGUCAAGUGCAUCUAUCGUCCCACAACUGUGGCAACCUACAAACGGGGCUGUAAUGUCUAAUGAUGUAAACGAGAGUAAACCCGCUGAAGAGUCGGCUGCAUGCAUUGCGUUGUCGAAGAAUGAUUCUUAUGUCAUGUCUGCCUCUGGUGGGAAAGUCUCCCUGUUCAACAUGAUGACUUUUAAGGUUAUGACGACUUUCAUGGCCCCGCCACCUGCUGCCACCUACUUGGCUUUCCAUCCUCAAGACAACAAUAUUGUUGCCAUUGGAAUGGAGGACUCGACAAUACAAAUUUACAAUGUUAGGGUUGAUGAGGUCAAAACAAAACUCAAAGGUCACCAGAAACAGAUUACAGGGCUUGCGUUUUCGCAGACUUUAAACUCACUGGUUUCAUCCGGAGCUGAUGCUCAGCUAUGCAUCUGGAAUAUUAACGGAUGGGAGAAGCGGAAAUCAAGAAGUUUACAACCGCCACCUGGCCAUCAAUCCUCAUUGGUUGGAGAAACUAAAGUUCAGUUCCAUAAUGAUCAACGCCAUUUCCUCGUUAUACAUGAAAGUCAAAUUGCUAUUUAUGACCACCAAUUGGAAUGCCUGAAAUUGUGGUCUCCAAGAGAAUCUUUAUCUGCUCCAAUUUCAAGUGCAAUAUACUCAUGUGAUGGCCUACUAUUAUUCACUGGAUUCUCGGAUGGCGCUGUUGGAGUUUUUGAUGCAGAGAGUUUGAGGCUUCGAUGUCGUAUAGCACCUUCUGCUUACAUUUCGUCGUCAAUUUCCAGCAGCAACAGCACUGCAUAUCCUAUGGUUAUCGCAGCACAUCCAUCUGAUCCUAACCAAGUUGCUCUUGGAAUGAGCGAUGGAUCAGUUCAUGUUAUUGAGCCAACCGAUGCAGAUCCAAAGUGGGGCGACUCACCACCCCAAGGAAACGGUAUCUUAGCAUCAUCCAAUCCUUCAAGUUCUGCGUUAAAUAGUCAACCCUCAGAAACACCGUCGAGAUGAUACAGAAAUCACAUCAUUUAGCAUAGUGUUGUAAAUUUUAGAUUACAUUUUUGUUGUCCCUUGAUAAGAGGUAGAAUAUGAGGCGGCUUACUACCUCAGCGGUUUCAAUCAGGUGUUUUUUUAUAGUAUUCGGGAGUCUACUGUCUAGUUAUCUCUUUCAAUCUACACGUGCUCGUGGUUGGCGGCUUGGCGCGAGUCAGGUUUGUUUUGGUGUGUGAAUUUGUAGAUUUAAUAAUAACAGUAUGCAUUUUGUUUGUUUACUAGUGUAGUUUAUGGAUAUACUCAUACACAAGAAACGUUCUAAGUUGAGUGGGUUUUUCAGUCUAAGUUUUUCUCA